CAUUUUCGCUCUGUUCUUAGAAUCGCGAAAAGAAGUGCGACUUGACAAUAUAUAUAUAUAUAUAUAUACUAUGGCAAGUUCUAAGGCAAGAGUAGCUGUAUUAAAAUCCCUUUUUAGAGAACUGCAAUUGUCAAAUAAGAAACCUUUGAAAGAAAAUCCUGUAUAUAUAUACGCGAUGGAGCAGACGAGGAAACAUCAAGUUACGGGAAUGAAAUUUUGUAGAGAAAGAGAUGAACUCUUUCAUGUUACUGAUACAUACAGAUGUCUUUUGCAUAGUGUUCGAAAACACGAAGAAUUAAUUGAAAGAUAUAAGGGAGCUGGUGAAAGGACAAUAGAAGAAAGUGCCAAUAUAGUUGGUCUAGGUUUACCACAAGUUGGUGAACCAUUAAAAUGAAAUAGUUACUUUAAUUGAAAAAUCUAAUCAUCUCAAUGACACUACAUUGUAUAUAGCAGCAUAUAUAAACAAAUAUAGCCAAAAGAAAAUGAAAUAAAGUGGCUAACAGAAUAAAACUCUUUAAACAUUCGCUAUGGGCAUAUCGCUUUGCUUUGCCGAGUUGAAAACCAAUUUUUUUAUUGGAAAAUCUUUAGGAGUAUCAUCUAUAAAGAUGAAUUUUCUUUUUCCUUUCUUUAAUUUUUCAGGUAACAUUGUCCCAUCGUCUUCCAUUCUUUUAAUUAUUAGAUCAUUCUUCUCUUUUGCAACUUUUAUAUUACCUGCCAUAGUUGGCAUUGUAAUACGAUCAGAAUCUUUUUUAAUAGACCUAACCCACAACCUACUUGGCGGGAAUAUGAAUCUUUUACGAUGAUAUAAAUAUCUUAAUCUUGCUCUAACCUCUCUAUCUAAAAUUGCAAGAAAAAGAAUAGGACAAUCGUUAUAAAUGCUACAUAAGCAUUUUAGACAUUCUAGUCUUUCCGAAUGGUUAACGACAGCUUUCAAAUAUUCCGCUUCUCUUAAGGAAAAAGCAAUCACUAUACAAGUCAAAAAGAGAAUGUCUUUUGAAACUUGAAUUUCCGGUAGAUUUGGUAAAGGAACGUAUCGUUUAAUCUGGUCCUUUUUUAGAGAUAUUAAUAAAAAGCUUAUAAUCGGGUGAUUAAGCUUUAAAAUCUUUUCUUUAGAACUAUACUAGUCCAUACUAAGAAAUUUAUAUAGUUUUAUCGGUUUACAGCUUAUUCACCCUGUUAUCUCUCGCUUGUUCGUUAAGAUUAAAUCGAAAACCUCUUCGACUCGUCUCUGAAGAUAAGACAAUCCAUCCUUAUUUAUUAAACUUUUCUCCUGAAAUAUUUUUAAUAUCCUAGUUGGAUAGGAUAUUUUAUGCGAUGAUAGAUCGUGCAAUUUCAUGAUCCUUAAACAUAUUUCAUAAUAGACUUCUUCUUUAUAAAGUAGCUAUGAAAGAUAAAAAACACAGUAGGCGUUUAUAAUUUAAAAAACAAACAAAAACUCUAAAAUUAAAACUUUACACUAAAAUAUUUAUGUCUUCUAUUCUUUUGCUUCAAGGUUAAAUCUUUAUUAUCAAUGUUCCUUUGCAUAAAAUCCAAAAGUGUGAGUAUUAUCGUGUGAAAACCGUUGUGAAAAUGUCUCCAGACAUUAAUGCCUUCUUUGAUUAGUAAUUGUUCGUAAUCUUCUAUAUACGAUAUGCAUCUUAGCUUUAUGUCAAUGUUUAAUCCAAAUUCAUCACAUACUGCUAGAGCAUAACUGUUGAUAUUAUCCUUUGAUUUUGGAAAUAAUAACAUGUAAUAGCAGCUUUUAAGAUCGGAGUAAUCGGGAUAAUUUUUGGCGAAUUUUCUCAAAUAUGACAAAUUCUCUUUCCAUAGAGUUUUAUCCAUUUUUUAAACGUUAUACAGAAAAUGAAACUUUCGAACCCUUGACGUAAAGCUUUCUUUUAAAAAUUAUUAAACUGGAUCA